AUGGGAAAGAUCAUUUUCUACGAAGACAAGAAUUUUGAAGGUCAUCAUUAUGAAUGCAGUGGUGAUUGUGCAGAUAUGCUCUGCUAUGUCAACCGCUGUAACUCUAUCAGCGUGGAGGUCGGUUGGUUCAUGGUCUAUGAACAACCACAUUACAAAGGCCAGCAAUACCUCCUCCAGAAAGGAGACUACCCUGAGUAUGACUGCUGGAUGGGCAAAAAUGAUUCUGUAUGCUCCUGCCAAGUAAUUCCCAUGCAGUCUUCACAUGAAGUGAAGCUUUUUGAGAGGAUGGAGUAUGGAGGUCAAAUGAUGGGUCUUGUGGAGGAUUGUCCAUGUGUGAUGGACAGGUUUCAUACAAACCACAUAUUCUCCUGCAAGGUAAUUGGUGGAAACUGGCUGUUUUAUGAACACUCCAACUACAGAGGCAGGAUGUACCUCAUUAGACCUGGAGAAUACACCAGAUUCACUGAAUGGGGAGGCAGGAAUGCCCUUGUGGGUUCCAUCAAACGAAUCUUGGAUUGA